GAUGUAGCGCAGACCAAGCUAGGCUGCGUUAUAUAUAUUUCGACGUCGGCGUCUAGGAAAAAUAGUUAGCUAAGCUUAUCUUCACAGAUGGUGGUAGAAAUAGGGUCCAACGUUAUACUGUAGUGCGAAAUAUUAAAAAAGAAAACAUUAUUCAUGGAUUUAAUCACAUCAUUUUUUAAUAUAGUGUUCACAUAUUAACACCAUUAUAAGCGCAUUUUACUUGAGUUUCGGGUGCAUUAAAUGGAGGAGAAGAAGGAAGACGGAGACUCGGAGAUACAGGAACACGGACCCGAGCACUGGUUCUCAAAAUGGGAGCGGCAGUGUUUGUCCGAAGCGGAGCAAAGGGAGCCGAGCGAGGAGGAGGCCGACAACGACCAGGAUAAACUGUGGCACCUCUUCCAGAACUCCGCCACUGCCGUGGCACAAUUAUACAAAGACAGAGUAUGCCAUCAGCAGGGUCUGUCAUUGUGGGUGCCAUUUCAGAACUCUGCAACAGCAGUGACCAACCUCUACAAAGAGAGUGCGGAAGCCCAUCAGAGAAGCUUUGAUCGGGGCAUCCAGAUAGGCCACCAGCGCCGUAAUAAGGACAUGUUGGCCUGGGUGAAAAAGCGCAGGAGAACCAUCCGUCGGGAGGAUCUUAUCAGCUUUCUGUGCGGCAAAGCACCACCACACAGGAGUAGCAGGGCCAACCCCCGGCUGGCCAUGAUGGCUCCCAGCCGGGUGAAUUCACCAGCUGAGACUGGCUCAUCUGUGGAAACAGACCUCCAGCCCUUCAGGGAGGCCAUAGCACUUCAUGGUUUGAGUGGAGCCAUGGCGAGUAUCAGUGUGCGCUCUGGUGCUCCGGGGUCUCCCACACACGUGAGUGGGAGCAGCAGCAACGGAGGCGCUGCUGGCGUCGGCGGUUCUUCCGGCUCGGGGCCGGUGUGCCGCAGCCGGCGCAACGGCCUCCAAGACGUCGACCUGAACACUUUCAUCUCGGAAGAGAUGGCGCUGCAUCUGGACUCUACAGGCUCCGCCUCUGCCGGAGGGGGAGGAACCAGGAAACGAAACUCCACCCAGUGUAGUGACGUCAUCACAGACUCCCCUACGCACAAACGCAACAGGAUGAUCUGAUCUGCUGCCUGCCUAUAUGUGUGUGUGUGAGGGGGUGGGGGGGGGGGGGAAACGCCUUCAAAGCCAAGGCGAGGAGAGAGAGGGGGAUGGAUGGGCUUAUGUGGGACAGACGCACAGACAUUCGGAUGCCUGGCUGUGCAAAAGAAGCCGGGUUGAAAAUGAAAACAAGGACUGAAGAUCUCAGUUCGCUGUAUUCAAAUGUUGAAUGAAUUCUAUUCCUUGUCUCCUUUCCCCUCACUAUUACUACAAAUCACUGAUCUGCAAUCAGAACACGAGAGUGUGUGUGUGUGUGUGUGUGAGAGAGACUGGGAGGUCUGGACGACAUCACACGCUCCUCAGACAUCGCCGCCCUGGACAGGAGACAACGAAGAAAGUCACCAACUGAUUCUGGGGCUGCAGAUGGUCCUCAGAAGGAAUGGAAAAACGCACUGUGCCGCUCGACAAGCCACUUAACCCUUGACACGCGUGUGCCCCUCCC